AUGUCCUCCUCUCCACUCGUGACACCAUCCUCUCAGCUGCCUGCCAUGCGGACUAUCUCCAAGGAUCCCAAAUCAGUCACCCAGCCAUCAGGGAAAAGCUCAGCCAAGGCCAAAGCUCAGUCAAGGCCACAGCGGACCACUCAUAUGAACGAGAUGUGGUAUGGUACCUACAAGCAUAGUGGGCAGCUGACUGAGCAGAUGGAGAAAGACCGCCAACGUGCUGCUGAUAAGCUAGCCAUCAAGCAUGCCAUAGAUGUGAUGUGGUGGGACAAGGACCGUCAACCUCCUGUCAUCUUGUUGCUGCAAGGCAGCAAUGGGCCUGAGUCUGACAUUCCAACCUGGCUGCACUUCUCGCUAGCUGACAGUCCUGACCUCCGAUCUAUGCUUGGCGAGAACAUCACCACCUUUGAGUAUUUCAAUAUUUCUUCUCGUCUAUGGAAGGCAGUGACACGGCUGGCCUAUAAGUUCCAUGUUAAAAAUGGUGACUGUCUUUUCCUUCGACGUCAUGGUGUCCUUAAAUGUGCAGGCAUCAAUGAGAUCAUUGGUCGUCUCAAGGACCCAGCAGCAAAACCGCAUCUUUUUCUAAAGAUGAAGCAAGAACAUAAGGCUGUAAAGUAUUCUCUAGCACACAUCAAGACCCAUGGGCCACCAUUGCGAACUCCCUCUAUCAUUGCAAAGUCUGACACUGAUGACGAAGUCACCAUCAUAUCGCCGCCUUCAAAACCAUCCCUGAAGCGCCACCGAAGUAUGGCAGAAAGCGAUACUGAAGAGGAGGCCAGGCCUCGCAAGAGGUCGUGGUGCUAUACCGAUGAAUAUGGCAUCUCAAUUGCAGCUGGAUUCCGUCCCAGUUACCCAUACCCUUGGUCGGGUCGUUCAGUAUCUCCACUGCCACCAUCGCAUCAACUCAGGACACCUCGCCUCCCAUCACCAGCAUCCUCGAGCUCAUCUCUGCCAGAGAUACUGAGUGAGCCUCUUGCUGACGAGUUGCAGCCAUCAGUGCCGACAGCAACCUGGCCCAAUGGUCUCUAUGUUAUAGACAUUUCUGCUGGGUUUCAGAGAAUGGACUCUGAUGAAUUGAAGUCCUUACCAGUCUGUCAGAGGUUUGAGAUCAUCUACGACAGAAAAUUCAAGAAAUCGACUUAUAACGACACACGUCGGAGAUGGAAGGAGGCAUCAGAUACCUUCAGGACUCAGCUGUAUAAGGCAGGGCGCACACCUUCAGGCCUUUGGGAUGUGUUGCGCAAGGCCAUCCCUCUCAGGAAAAAGACAGCAGGCACCCAGUCACACGAUGAUGAAGAAUCUGACGUUGAUAUUGACCUCACGCUGUAA